GUUGGAUCAACGGAAUGGAGAACAGCACGCAAGCCAGCACUUCUGUCGAGAAAAGAAAUCACCAUUGGAGAAGUUACAAGUUGAUUAUUGACCCGGCUCUGAAAAAAGGACAGCACAAACUCUACCGUUACGAUGGGCAACAUUUCAGCAUGCCUAACUCGGGAAUAGCUCCUGUGGAUUGUGUCAGGGAUCCCAGAAUAGGGCGAAUAUGGACCAAAACUAAGGAGUUGGAGCUGUCUGUCCCCAAAUUCAAGAUUGAUGAAUUUUACGUGGGGCCAGUGCCUCCCAAGCAGGUCACCUUUGCCAAGCUGAACGACAACAUCCGCGAAAACUUUUUGACCGACAUGUGCAAGAAAUACGGCGAAGUGGAAGAGGUGGAGAUUCUCUACAACCCCAAGAACAAGAAGCACCUGGGCAUCGCCAAAGUGAUCUUUGCCACUGUCAGGGGUGCCCGGGAGGCUGUCCAGCACCUUCACAACACCUCCGUCAUGGGCAACAUCAUCCACGUGGAGCUGGAUACGAAAGGUGAAACCCGCAUGCGAUUCUAUGAACUGCUCGUUAAUGGUCUUUACACUCCUCAGACCCUUCCCGUAGGCACCGAACAGGAUGUGUCGCCAACUGUGAAUGAAACUCUUCAGUUGACGGAUUCCCUGAAGCGCCUGAAAGACAGUAACCUUUCUUCUGCGGGAUCAUCUGUUACCCCAAACAGUAGCACACCGUUUUCCCAUGACACAGCCUAUUCGAGCUGUCGGCAGGACACCCCAAACUCGUACAGCCAAUUUACCCCACAGUCCCAAGGAACACCUCACACCCCACGGUUAGGGACGCCGUUUUCCCAGGAUUCUACCUAUUCCAGUCGUCAGACAACGCCCGUGUACCACUUUGGGCAGGACAGUGGGUACAAACCCAGGAGGCAUGAAACAAAAUUUACAGAUGCCUACAACCGUCGACCGGGACAUCACUAUGUUCAUAACUCGGCAGGCGUUUACCGAGGGACGGAGCAUCAGUUCAGUACGUACAAAUCCCAUCAGCAGGAGCCAGUUCAGUUCUCUCACACUCCUCCCCUGAGCCACUCUAGUUCCUCGAGCUACAAAUCUGCCUUCUCUCCCUACCAAGCACCAGCUGUAUUUCCCCAAUCCGAUGAGCAGCCGUUUCCCCAAACUUCCAGGGAAACAGAGUACCGAAGACCUGCGCCACCUCCCACUGAGAUGGUUGUGGAAAGCAGUGCUGCCACUAACAUCGAUUUUGUCCCUGUGAAGGAGAAACAGGAGGAGCCUCCACCCUUGCCUGAUUCGAGCUCUGCUCCUGAACCGAGCACAGCAUCCUUCGCUCAGACUCCAGAGAGGAGCGAGACCCCCGGCACCCCCACCAUGGAGUCGGAAAUGCAGCAUAACAGUUUAGACUCAAGGAUUGAGAUGCUCUUAAAAGAGCAGAGAACAAAGUUACCCUUUCUUAAUGAGCAUGACUCGGAUAAUGAGGUCCGAAUGGAAGGUAGCCCUAUCUCCUCUUCCUCUUCCCAGCUCUCUCCCAUCCCGAUGUACGGUUCGAACUCUCAGCCCGGUUACAGAGGUCAGACGCCUUCCUCGCGUCCUUCCAGCACAGGCUUGGAGGACAUUAGCCCAACGCCGUUACCUGACUCUGACGAUGACGAGCCCAUCCCUGGGACAGCUUCUCUGGGUCAGAAUUCCCGGGGGACGUCGGAGGCCAGCAUGACUCCCAUUGAUCAGCUGAGCAGGACUUCCAAAAUUGAGACCUUGGAGGCUAAAGAAAUGGUGCCUGGUGACCAGACUCCAACAUCAGAAAAGAUGGACGAGGGUCAGCAUUCUUCAGGGGAGGACAUGGAAAUCUCUGACGACGAGACCAACCCUGCACCCAUAACCAGUGCAGAAUGUGCCAAAACCAUUGUGGUGAACUCCUCCGUCAGCAACACGGCUGUGAUGGCCCCGUCGAUUCCUCCACUGCCACCGCCGGGAUUCCCUCCUCUUCCUCCUCCGCCACCUCCACAGCCAGGCUUCCCGAUGCCUCCACCGCUACCUCCGCCACCUCCACCCACUCACCCUGCUGUCACUGUCCCCCCACCUCCGCUCCCUGCCCCCCCUGGGGUCCCUCCGCCUCAUAUCUUGCCUCCGCUUCCUCCGUUCCAUCCUGGCAUGUUCCCUGUCAUGCAAGUGGAUAUGAUAAGUGUCUUGGGCAACCAGUGGGGUGGCAUGCCAAUGUCCUUCCAGAUGCAAACUCAGAUGCUGAGCCGCAUGAUGCAGGCACAAAACACAUACCAGUAUCCGCCUUUCAUGACGGGCCGGAUGCAGUUUGUGAAUCUUCCACCCUACCGCCCUUUCUCAAUGGGAGCAGCUCUUGGUCGUGGACAGCAGUGGCCACCGCUGCCCAAGUUUGACCCCUCAGUUCCACCACCGGGUUAUGAGCCGAAGAAGGAAGAUCCCCACAAAGCCACUGUGGAUGGAGUCCUCCUGGUCAUAGUGAAGGAACUAAAGGCUAUCAUGAAAAGGGACCUGAACCGGAAGAUGGUUGAAGUGGUGGCGUUUCGGGCGUUUGAUGAUUGGUGGGACAAGAAGGAACGUCUGGCAAAGGCGUCUCUCACUCCAGUGAAGUCUGGAGGAGAGCUGGAGGAAAAACCAAAGCCGAAGGAUAGAAUCGCCUCUUGUCUUCUGGAGAAUUGGAACAAAGGGGAAGGCCUGGGAUACGAGGGAAUCGGCUUGGGCAUUGGGUUACGAGGGGCCAUCCGGUUGCCAUCCUUUAAGGUGAAAAGAAAGGAGCCACCUGAAGCUGCCUCAGCGGGAGAUCAGAAGAGAAUCCGGCCUUCUACAUCUGUCGAUGAUGAAGAUGAAGAGUCGGAGAGGGACAGGGAUGCUUCCGAUACAACAUCUGACCUGUCCAAGAAGGAUGCAGAAGCAGUGGGGCUGAGGCGGCGACCAGCAAGGCCGCUGGAGCUUGACAGUGAGGGUGAAGAGGGAGAUGAGACAUCAGGGAAAGAGGAAGAGUCCUCCUCGGAGAAGGAAGAGGAACAGGAAGAAGAGGGAGGCUUGGAGGACGAGGAAGAUGAUGAUGAUGAUGAAGAGGAUGAUGAGGAUGAAGAGGAGGAGGAGGAGACAGGCAUAGACACAAGCGACAAGGAGGAGGAGCAGGACUCCGAGGAGGAUGUAGCAAGUCCUUCGUCUUCCAAGGCUGAAGUUGAAUCAUCCGAUGAAAGUGAGGACUCCUCUGAAUUCGAAUCCAGUUCAGACUCAGAUGAUGAUGAUGAGGAUGAUGAAGAUGAGGAGGACGAGGAGGAAGAAGAGGAGGAAGAGGUGGCUGAAGAUCAAGACAGAGAAGCCAUGGUUGCUGAGACAGAGCACGAACCUCCUGGUCAUGAGCUUCCUGAUGAUGAGAGGGAGACUAUUUUGGAGCUGUAUCCUGUGGAUGACUACAUGGAUGCAACAGGCUUGGGACUUGUAGAGCCAGCUUUGGCAGUGAAAGAUGAAGGCAUGGAAGAAAUCAAAGCAGGAGAGGAUGAAUGUGGUGAGGUUCCAGAGGCAUCUAUUGCUGCUGAAACACUGAAGCACUUGGUUAUGGAAAGAGACCAGGAGACAAAACUUGCACUGUCUCCCAUCUGUAGGCCAGAGGAAGAGUCUGAACCCGCUACCAUGCUGGAGCCAGAGGUACAGGAAGGUCCAAAGCCUGAAUCUCAAGGUGAGGAGGAGGCGCUCCAUCUCUCUACUCCAGUGGGAGUCUUCGGAGAACCUCUGCCCAAUAAAAGCAGCUUCUUUAGCAAGUCUGAUGACAGCAGCUUAGAAGCUCGUGUUAAAACAAAACCGCCCUCUAUGGCGGAGGAAGACGACCGGCUGCCUCGCACGCCUGGACGGGAGGUGAUGAUCCAUUCAGAGACUGAUACUCUUCUGCUUCCAGUCCACAAGGUGCCAUCCUCCAUGCUUCCCAUACCAUCGACUCCCGGUAAAGAAGAACCUUUAGUCCCUCCAGAAAAGUUCCCUGAACAAUUAGCCGUGACCAAAAUGUCCGUGGAAGAGGAGAUUCCUAGGACUCCUGGGCGGGACAUUUUGGCCAAGUCUUCACACCCCCUUGCGAAGUCACAGAGCAUGGACACUGUUCCAGCCACGCCAGGAAGCGAUGCUCCCCUUACAGGAAGCAGCUUGACCCUCAGUUCCCCUCAAGUCCCAGGGAGCCCCUUUUCCUACCCAUCCCAAUCUCCUGGCAUUAACAGUGGCAUUCCUCGGACUCCUGGGAGAGAUUUCAAUUUCACCCCUACUUUCCCAGAGGCUGGUGCUACCAUUCCUUGCCUUCUGUCUGGCAAGAAACAGUCAGAGGAUGAGCUAGAUGAGAAACCCUUUAAAGAGCCUCUUGGUGCUUCCCUUACGAUCAGCAUGAACAGUGUUCCUUCCCCUAUCCCCUUCGCCAGCCCCCCUCAAGCAGAUUUCCACGUGGACAUGGGUCUGCCACCUGAUGAGCCAAUACCUGUAGCAGCCCUGCCAUGCAUGCAUGGAGAUGGAAGAAUGCCCAUUGAGGAAUGCAAGGCAGAAGUAAAAUCUCUUUUGCUCUCACCAGAAGUACCCGCUGGUGCUUCUCUUCUUCCUCCCCCACCGCCACCUUCUGUUCUUCCCAAAAGGAGGCCCGGUCGGCCAAAACGGUCACCACCUUCUGUCCUCUCAUUGGAUGUAUACUCGGGCAAAACCAUGGAACCUCCUCCUGUGCCAGUGGCCUUGGUGGAAAGUGCUGUGGGCAAAGAGCUGUUGGGUGGACAUCCCGAUGCUUUCUAUGGACUGAAAGACCCUGAAGCCGUCACCCUGGACUUCAGGAAUGACGGUUUCCAUGAGAAAAUAGCAGCUGAGACUGUUGCAGAGAAACUGCCAUUUAAGGAGCUGGAGAACCAGUGGAAUGAAGACUUCAAGGAAGAAGAAGCUCAUGUGAAACCGAAAAGACAGUGGCGAAGGCAGAAGAAGACACCUGAGGACCUCCCAGUGAUUCCUUCCCCGGAGUAUUCCCCACCCCGGCCUCAGUUCAGGCCACGCUCCGAGUUUGAGGAGAUGACCAUUUUGUAUGACAUUUGGAACGGCGGCAUAGAUGAGGAAGAUAUCAAAUUCAUGUGUAUCACAUACGAACGCUUGUUACAGCAGGACAAUGGUAUGGACUGGCUCAACGACACCCUCUGGGUAUUCCAUCCUUCUACCAGCUUUUCUACCCCCAAGAAAAAGAAGCGGGAUGAUGGGAUGCGGGAGCACGUGACAGGCUGUGCACGAAGUGAAGGCUAUUACAAAAUUGAUAAGAAGGACAAACUUAAAUACCUCAACAAUAGCCGAGCUUUUGCGGAGGAGCCGCCGGCUGACACGCAGGGUAUGAGCAUCCCUGCCCAACCUCACGCUUCCACCCGGGCUGGCUCGGAGAGGCGGUCAGAGCAACGCAGGCUCCUCUCCUCCUUCACUGGUAGCUGCGACAGUGACCUGCUCAAGUUCAACCAGCUCAAGUUCCGGAAGAAAAAACUAAAAUUCUGCAAGAGCCACAUUCAUGACUGGGGCCUUUUCGCUAUGGAGCCCAUUGCGGCUGAUGAGAUGGUGAUUGAAUACGUGGGUCAGAACAUCAGGCAGGUCAUUGCUGACAUGCGUGAAAAGCGAUACGAGGAUGAAGGCAUCGGGAGCAGUUACAUGUUCAGAGUCGAUCAUGACACCAUCAUCGAUGCCACGAAAUGCGGAAACUUCGCCAGGUUUAUUAAUCACAGCUGCAAUCCAAAUUGUUAUGCUAAAGUGAUCACGGUGGAGUCUCAAAAGAAGAUCGUCAUCUACUCCAAACAGCACAUCAAUGUGAAUGAGGAAAUUACCUAUGACUACAAGUUUCCAAUCGAGGAUGUAAAAAUCCCAUGUCUAUGUGGCUCUGAGAACUGCAGGGGAACCCUGAACUGAACUCGAGGUUUCUUGUCACACUUGCACCUUCGGCCAUGUCAAAACUGUGGUAACCAGGUGUGGUUGCACUUUGCCAAAAAAA